CAAUUACAAACUUCUAGACCACUGGCGUUGUUUCUCGUGGAGUGACUGAUUCAUUUUUCAAUCAAGUUUUAUUUGAAGAAUUAAUUAAAUUCGCAUAAUGUCAGCAAUUAGUUUGUUAAAUCCAAAAGCCGAGGUUGCGAGAGCAUCUCAGGCUUUAGCGGUGAAUAUGGCUGGUGCUAGAGGCAUCCAGGAGGUGAUGAAAACCAAUCUUGGACCCAGGGGAACCAUGAAGAUGUUGGUCUCUGGGGCGGGAGACAUAAAGAUUACAAAAGACGGAAAUGUACUCCUCCACGAGAUGCAAAUUAAGCACCCAACAGCUUCUCUGGUUGCCCGGGCAUCAACCGCUCAGGACGACAUGACAGGUGACGGUACCACCAGUACAGUUCUCGUAAUCGGCGAACUCCUCAAGCAAGCUGAUCUCUACAUAUCUGAAGGGCUCCACCCCAGGAUUUUGGCGGAAGGCUUCGACCUUGCACGUGCAAAGACCCUAGAAGUCCUUGAGUCCCUAAAAAUAUCCGUGUCAGCCGAUAAAGAGAGUCUCCUCGACGUCGCUAAGACAUCCUUGAGGACAAAAAUUCACCAGAAUCUGGCUGAUAAACUCGCUGAAGUUUGUGUCGAUGCCAUAUUGGCUAUAAAAAUUGAUGAUCAACCUGUGGAUCUUCACAUGGUUGAGCUUAUGGAGAUGCAGCACAGAACUGCUGCCGAUACCUCUUUGAUCAGAGGUAUUGUUAUGGAUCACGGAUCCAGACAUCCCGAUAUGCCUAAAAGGGUUGAAAAUGCGUACAUUCUCACCUGUAAUGUCAGUUUGGAAUACGAGAAGAGUGAAGUGAACAGUGGUUUCUUCUACAAAACCGCCGAAGAACGCGAAAAACUCGUGGCAGCUGAGCGAGAAUUCAUCGACCACCGCGUUCAGAAAAUCAUCGAGCUGAAACGUAAGCUGUGCAAUGGCACCGACAAGACAUUUGUUAUCAUCAACCAGAAGGGAAUUGAUCCUCCAUCCUUAGACGCCCUUGCCAAGGAAGGUAUAAUGGCACUACGUCGUGCCAAGCGCAGAAACAUGGAGCGUUUGGCUCUUGCCUGUGGUGGAGUAGCGAUGAAUUCAGUUGAUGAUCUUCAAGAGGAGAAUUUGGGAUGGGCAGGAUUAGUGUACGAGCACGUUCUCGGGGAGAAUAAGUACACUUUCGUUGAGGAGUGCAAGAAGCCUAACUCUGUUACAAUUUUACUUAAAGGACCGAACAAUUACACUCUUGUGCAACUUAAAGACGCUGUCCGGGAUGGAUUAAGGGCAAUCAACAAUGCCAUCAACGAUAAAGCCAUCAUUCCUGGAGCUGGUGCUUUUGAAAUAGGGGCAAGCAUGGCUUUGAGCAAGUACAAAGAACAAGUUAAAGGCAAACUCCGUCUAGGCAUUCAAGCUUACAGUGAAGCUCUUCUGGUCAUUCCCAAGACUUUGGCUGUUAAUAGUGGAUUCGACUCUCAGUUCACUAUUGUUAAGCUUCUCGAAGAGAGCAACACCCUUGGAGAACCCGUGGGACUCGACAUUGCGAGUGGUGAGGCAUUGAAACCUAAGGAUGCUGGCAUUUAUGAUAAUUAUAUUGUCAAGAAACAAAUUAUCAAUUCGUGCACCGUCAUCGCCAGCAAUCUACUCCUAGUCGACGAAAUAAUGAGAGCUGGACUUUCUUCUCUGAAGGGCUAAAGAGAUUCCGACAACGCAGACAAAAGUAUACAUAAGAUUAUAUACUCUUCAAUUUGAAUACAUAAAUUAAUAUGUUUGUUUUUUCGAUUAUAUCGCGCUUCAUGAUUCCCCUGCCUUCAUUUUUGCACUGAUAUUGUAAAAAAAUAAUGGCUGUUUGAUUUAUUUCUAAAUAAAUAAUUAUAACACCAGA